GGAUGACAGUCAUCAGACAGCGCCAGUGCCUGUGUUGCGCAGAUUAUACAACGUUAGCUGGUUUCUGUGGUUGUACAGGAUCUGUGUUAUUUUAUUUGUUGUAUUUGACUUCGAAAUAAGUUCCAACCAUGGCUAUGCAAGCAGCAAAACGGGCGAAUAUUCGGUUACCCCCUGAAGUAAACAGAAUAUUGUACAUUCGUAAUCUACCAUACAAGAUCACAGCUGAGGAAAUGUACGACAUUUUUGGAAAAUAUGGACCUAUUCGUCAAAUCCGAGUGGGGAAUACACCAGAGUCACGAGGAACUGCCUAUGUUGUGUAUGAGGACAUCUUUGAUGCGAAGAAUGCUUGUGACCACUUGUCUGGAUUUAAUGUCUGCAACAGAUACCUGGUAGUAUUGUACUACAACGCCAACAGGGCCUUCCAGAAAAUGGACACAAAGAAGAAAGAAGAACAGCUAAAACUUCUCAAGGAGAAAUAUGGAAUAAACACAGACCCACCAAAGUAGACAACCACCCUGACCAGUGCACCUUUUUAUGAUUGUCCUUUUGCCACACAAUAUAGGCUACUCACUUUACUAAUUUUGUAUUGAUUAUUUGGUUUUAGGUUUGAAUUAUGCAUCAGAUUUUGUAUAUAACAAGCAGUGUUUUUCGUUGGUACAGUGGUUUAAAAAUGUUGGAAAUUACAUAAUUGUUACUGGAUUAUUUUCUGGAUGCUUAUUUUCUCAAUUAAAAAGAACAUGUCUCUCCCAUUCA